AUGAAUGACACAACUCAAUCAUCUCCAUAUCAAUACACUACAAGUAGAUUUCGAGGCACUCUUUCUCCUUUCUUCCCUAAAGCUUAUAAACCACUUCAUCAGAAAGUUUUAAGAAUUUGUUGUCUGUUUCCAGCCAUGGCAGCAAAUCGUUUUUCCACAAUAGUCGCCAUGCUUUUGGUUGUUUCGGUAGCUCUCGCUUCUCUCCCACCUCCACCUCCAGGUACUUUUGCUUCUGCACCAUACCAGGAUGUUUUUGACGAGACCAACAACACCAACCGGAACUCUCCUAAGUCUAUUCCAACAUGGGUAAUUGCUGUGACGGGAGUCGGACUCGGAGCCGUUUUCAUGGCAGUAUUAAGUUGUGCGUAUUUAAGACCACCACUUGCUGCCGGAUCAGUGCUUGGAGAGCCGGUGUCACUACAACUAGUCCGAGCACGAGCAGCACCUUACAAAUUAUAA